UUAAUUCUGCUGAUAAUGUUUCUCCUGAGUGUCUGAAUAAUCACUUGUGGAAUUUUUUUUUCCCCUAUAGGUAUACAGGCUGACUUAAACGAGGUGAUAAAUAAUGUUGCAAAGGAAAAAUCAGUUCAGGUCAUGGCGACACACCGAUAUCUCUAUUUGAUUUCUGAAACAAUGAAAAAACAUGCACCUUCUCAGCAAAAUUUGGAUCAAUUAUAUACCAAAACUGAAAAACCAAAAACAAAAGUCAACACAGAGAUAUAUAAGAUGUCCUCACUGGAACCUCAGCAUGCAUCAUUAGUAAAUGACCUCUGGAGCUUUGGGGGAAAUGAGAGGAGCCUGAAAUUCAUCCAGCGUUGUAUCCAGCACUUCCCCAGCUACUGCCUGCUGGGGCCAGAGGGGACACCAGUGUCCUGGAUAAUGGACCAGACGGGAGAAUUGAGGAUGGCAGGAACCCUGCCCAAGUAUCGAAGACAGGGCCUAAUGUCCCAUGUUGUCUACCACCAGAUCCAGGAUGUGGACAAAAUGGGCUAUCCUAUGUAUGGCCACAUUGCUAAGGACAACCUCCACAUGCAAGAGAUAAGCCAUAAAUUGAAACAGAUUCGUGCCUCCUACCAGUGGCAGCAGUGGAACUGUGAGCCUCUCGGGGGUUCUGCACCCAAGGAGAGCGAAAGUCAGAGCAAGAGUGAGGGUGGCAGUGCGGGCAGGGCGUAGGCUUCUUCUCCAGAGGAAUCUGGGAUUGUGGAGGGAUGGAUGGAUGGAGUGUUAAGUAUAUGUAACUGAUGGGCCUCUCAUUGUAGAGUAUCAAGCUUAAGUAGGACACACUGAUUUCCUUGUAUAAAUCUCAUCAUGAUAUCAAGA